AUGAUUGAGGCAAAAGAUCGGGGGAAUUUGUUACGGCCGGAAUAUCGGGAAACGCUGCAGGAACUCAUCAAUUAUCUGCAGAAAAAUGUGACGAUCACGUAUCAUGGGGCUGAGUGGUCCUACCGCGAGCUGUGCCAACCGUAUUGCGAGCUCUCUACACCCCUCCUCGUCUUUUUGAAAAUCUACGACGUCGACAACCCAGCCACGUACACCUACCCGAAUCUCGACGUUUUCGGCACGCAGGCUUUUAUAGGCAACAACGUGUACAACCUGAAGUUGAGCGACGAUGGGCAACUCGAGUCGUUCUCCACCGCCAUCCUGCCCUUCUACAUGGUGUCCCACCACGAAGACGAAAAGGUCAUCUACAAUUGGUUGAUCGAGGCGAAGAAGACGUUUGAGCUGCCCGAGUUUUCGAAGCUGUUCGAAUGCGAAAUCACGGGCGAUCUGCUAAUUUCGGCUGAAGUUCGGCGGAUGGGCCUGGAGACGGCGCCGCUGAUCAUCGGCUCCGUGGCGGCGAUGAUUGCCUUCGUCGUGGCGAGCAGCUUUAGGCGAGACCCGUCACGCUCGAAGCCGUGGGAAUCGUUGUGCGGCUGUCUGAUUCCACUUUUGUCGCUUUUGGCCGCCGCCGGAAUUAUGUGCUUCUUGGGGAUGAAGUUCCAAUCGAUCAUGGUAGCCUCGCUGUUCCUCGUGCUUUCCAUCGGGGUCGAUGAUGUAUUCAUUAUUUUGAGAGCCUGGGAUCGCGCGCCGCCGACGGAUCCGGUGGCCGAGCGCAUGGCUUUUACCCUAGAGGAAGCCGGGGCAUCGAUCCUCAUAAGUGCCAUCACAAAUAUUAUGGCUUUUGUCAUUGGAAUGACAUCAUCUACGCCUGCCGUCAAGGCCUUCUCGCUAUUCAGUGCCGUCUCGAUCACGGUGUGCUUCUUCUACAUUCUGAUCAUGUUCACCGCCCUGUUGGCCCUGUCUGGCCGUCGUGAAAAGGCCGGGCUGCAGUCCAUCUUUUGCUGUUUCAAGGCCAACCCACAGGCACACUCGUCGCUCGUCGAAAAAGUCGUCACCCUGCAGACAGCCGCCAUCAGAUGGUGGGCAAAAGCCUGUCAAACGUGGACCACCCGGGCCGUGCUGCUGCUUAUAAUGCUCGUCUACUAUUAUUUCUCCAUCUACGGCAUCCAGCGCGUCGAGACGCUAAUUUCACUCGAGAAGAUGACACUCCCAGAUUCAUACGUUCAAAAAUUCCAAAAACACUUCGAAGAUUCGAUGCGCAGCAUGCAGCCCAUCUCGGUGUUCAUCAAAAAUCCCGGUGAUCUGCGCGACCCGGAGCGGAUGGCGACGAUCAAAAAGAUUGUGGGCGAGUACGAGACGGCCGAGUUUUCCUAUGGGCCCAAUUCGACCUUUUUCUGGAUUCGACAAUAUGAAGAGUUCUUGGAGUAUUACGUUGAUUCGGAUGAUGAAGAAAUUGAAAAGCCAAAGUUCACCUACACAGAGAUCCCCGCCUUUUUCAAGUCGGCAACGUAUUUCUACCUGGAAACCUUUGUCAAAUAUAAUGAGACAGCGUGCGAUGAAGACCGGCCGGAAUGCAUUUCCCAAUUCUUCUUCCUGACAAAUUUCGCUGGGGUUAUCAAAUACCACGAGCUGAUCCCAGCCGUGCAGGCCUGGCGCAGCAUUGCGGCAAAGUACGCCGAGUUCGAGGUGUACCCAUUCUCUGAUCAUUCGCCGUUUGUUGAUCAGACAAUGUUGAUCGACUCGACGGUGUGGUCUUCGGUGGGGGCCUCGCUUUUCUGCACGGCCAUCGCUUGUGUCAUCUUCAUCCCGUCGCUGUUCUGUAUCGUCUGUGCUUGCUGCUCAGUGUUUUCAAUCACAAUCGGUAUCGUCGGCUUCCUGGCGCUGUGGGGCAUCCAGCUGGACCCACUGUCAAUGGCCGCCCUUCUGAUGGCCAUCGGCUUCUCGGUGGAUUACACGGCCCACAUGUGCUUCCACUACUACAAGGCAAAACCGCGGAAUCGUGUCGACAAGGUCGAGGAGGCGCUGUCAACGAUUGGAUGGCCGCUGAUGCAGGUUGGCCUCUCGACGCUGGUGGCCUUGGCCCCGUUGGUCUUCAAACAAUCCUACCUUGCCGUCGUCUUCCUGAAAACGAUCACAGUGGUGGUUAUUCUCGGAAUCUCCUACGCCCUCAUC